AUGCAGCUUCUUGCAGUUCCAUUCUUUAUCACACAAGCCGUCGUGUGGGAUAUAAAGUCAAAGAUUCGUUAUAGGACGGUCAAAUGCUGCAACUCUGUUGAUGAUGAUGAUGUCAAUGAUGAAGAUGACAAAACUAAUCUUCAUCAUAACCCAUAUACUCAUGAAGAUGAUAUCAAAAAGUUUAACAAAAUUCCCAUGUUUAUACGAGUUUUCAUAUAUGACAGUAACUAUGACUUAAAACUAAGAAAAACUAGAGAAAUUGAGGGUCAGGCUGCUCUGAUCACAAAGGGUGAAAUGGAUAUAAGUGAAGAAGAUAAGAUUGUGGAAUUGAAAAGAAAGUUAAUAAAGCACCAGAAGAAGUUACAAAAAAGUAUAAACGAAAAUAUUAAAAAGAUGCAGCUGAAUUUUAGAUCAGAAUCUAAUCGAAGAUCAAAAUCUGAAGAAAGUUUUAGAUCCUCGCCUCAAGGAUCUCAAAGAGUGUCAGCAAUAAUAUCCAGACAUUCUCUGUCUGAAUCUGCAUCUGAAACGGAUGAUGAGGGAGCUAUUCAAAGAUCAGAAUCCGAAGAGAGUUUGCAAGCUUCGCUUCCAGAAAGUCAAAGAGUGUCACCGAUAAUAUCCAAAAGACCUCCAAGCCAAACCCUAUCUGAUUCUGAUGACGAAGGUGGUAAUGGAAAAUCAGAAUCUAAAGAAAGGGUGAAAUCUUGGCUUCUAAGACAAAAAAGAGGAUCAGCGGUAAUAUCUCAUCGAUCUCGUUCAGAAUCCGAUUCUGAUCCUUGUGAUAAAGGAGUUAUUCAAAAAUCGGAAUCUGAAGAAAGUUUGAAAGCUUCGUUUCCAAGACCUCAAAGAGAGUCAGCAGGAAAAUCCAAACAGUCUCUGUCUGAAUCCGUAUCUGAGGCUGAUGAAUAUCUUCGUGGCUUGAGGAAAUAUUACUUGUCCGAGAAGAUUUGA